UGUGGUCAGAGUGAGUUUGACUUUGACUUCCUCCGCUUGAUGUGGAAGGUUUUUUGUCUUCCUGUCUUUUCUUCAGAGCUGCAGUAGAUUCAUCUUAAUGUUGUGUAGAGGGAAGUAGAAUCAUAUUGAAGUGUUUUAAUCUCGACAACAUGAAGAUCAUUCAGCUUCAGCUCUAUGUGUUAAUCUGUUGUCGAGCUGCAGUAUCAGAUCAACUCACUGAUGUGGGAUCAAAUGUGACCAUAAACUGCGAUCUUGAUGAAAAUGAGGUUUACUGGAUUUUACUGAAAACACCAGAUCCUCCAACAGUGAUUCUACGGUCAUUUCCAACACCAAAAUCACCUUUUUACACAAAUAAUGCAUUCAGAAAUAAAUAUUCUGUGAUAUUUAAACACCGUCUGGUUAUUAAUAAUGUAACCGCUGAUGAAUUAGGAGUUUAUUACUGUAUGAAAACAGGCACACCUCCAAAACUCAGCAACAGCACCAGACUGCACUUCAACAAAUCAACUGAAGUAACUGAGUGUUACAAUAAUACAAUUGAGUGUCACAAUCAGAAAGCGGUGGAGUUUAUUGAUCAGAAUCACACACAAUGGCAGAUUAUUAUCAUCAUAUCUGGACUGAUGAACGGGCUUCUGCUCAUUGUGCUGAUUGGACUGGUAAAGUUUUUUGUUGUUGGAAACAGAAGGUCUGCAGAAGAAUCACAACUCAACACUGAUAUACAGCAGACGCGAGUUACAGAAGAGCACGACUUACAGUACGCCACGAUGGAUUUUUCGAAGCUGCGUAGAAAUAUUCGGCCCAGCCAAAUCAACAGCACAUAUGCAGCUCUAAACCUGCCGAAGUCAUGAACACACGCGUAUGACUGAUCUUAUACUUAUUUUGUUCACUUUGUUCACUCUGAAACUUCUAAAAAUAAUUUUAAAACAGGUGUUUUGAAACUGGGGUCGGAGGAAAAGACUGAAAAAAACAAAAUA